AUGGUUGGAAAAAUCAUUGUUGUAACAGGUUCAACUGGAAACCAAGGCCGAGCGGUCAUCACGGUCCUGCUCAAGCGUGGCGUUUACCGCAUCCGCGGCUUGACGCGCAAUGUCGAAAGCCCAGUAGCCAAGGAACUAGCUUCCCAAGGCGUUGAAAUGGUGUCCGGUCAUCUCCUCGAUAAGGAUAGUUUGAUCAAAUCGUUCGCAGGGGCGUAUGCUUCGUCCUUGCCCAGCGCGACUGAGCUGUCCAACGGAAAAUACACAACCCAUGUACGCUUCGAUGAGAAGACUGAAAUUGACAAGUAUAUGAAAGCUAUCGACCAGCCGGGCGUGGUGGUACACACGGGUGCCUUCGCCGAAAAUGUGCUAAAUUUCGACUACUUGAAGCGAGACAUUGUCAAUCCCGAUCAGUGGCACAUUUCCAUCCCUAUCACCCGACCUCACAGCCUGUGGCCAUUGACCUAUGUCGGGGCUGACCUUGGGCCAGCUGUCGUGUCCAUUAUCGACAAGUGGGAUGAUCCCGUGAUCAAGAGCGAGCUGUCAGAGAAACCACUUGUCCUCGUUGUUGGCACCAUUGAUGGUGUGCAGAUGGCGGAGACCGUUAAAAGAGUGUCAGGCAAACAAUGCGAUUUUGUUACCAUCCCCAAAGAGAUGACGCCUGAUUCUUUUAUCUUGCCUUAUAAAUUUGCGGAUGAUGGGUUCUACGCCAAACUUGCGGAGCGAGCGAACCCUCCCAUCCUGGAUAAGCUUGGUAUAAAGCUACACGGCUUUGAGGAUUAUGUGAAAGACAAAAUUGUGACCUUCAUGAGUAAGUAG